AUAGUAUAUUUCAACAACAACCCUAAAGGGAAAAAGAAGAAGUGAAAAUGGGUGAAGGGGGUGAGAAAGCAGAGAGAGGAAAACUUCCGGUGAAUGAACAGGGGAACUUAAUGACAGCCACUGGUGAUGAAAAUCUCAAGGACAUUUUCCACACUAUCAGAAUAACUGAAACUCCGGCUGUAAUCAAUUAUGGAGCUUCUUGGUGUCGUGUCUGCAACCAGAUCCUUCCUACAUUUUGGGAGCUAAGCAAAAAGUUCCCAAAACUCUCUUUCGUAUACGCUGAUAUUGAUGAAUGUCCAGAGACAACACAGAACAUUCGGUACACACCAACUUUUCAUUUCUACAGAGACGGUGAGAGGGUUGAUGAGAUGUUUGGUGGAGGAGAUGAGCGCUUGCAUGACCGUCUGUGGUUGCAUUCGUAGAUGAAUGUUUUCAAUACCAAACUUUUACUUUUGUAUGACAGAUGACCAAACUUUUAUCAUAUUUCU